UCUCGCGCAUUAAUAAGUGUAUUAUACGCACACACACGCAAACUCGCGCGCGACGCGCCAUAUUGAAUCCGACGUCCGCGUUUGUGUAUGUGUGUGCGCGCGUUAAUUUUCGCGUAUCCGGCCAUUACCGGAUUACCCGAGCUCGCCGAGUGUGUGUGUGUGAUGUGCUACGACCGUACGACUCCGACUCGAAUUUUUUUUGGUUUGUGGAAAUCCGUUUCGCCCGAUCCGCAGUUUUUUUCGCCGUGACACACCGCCGACAAAGUUGAAUACGACCACUGUGCGCUGUUGUGCUGUUCUACAGCGGCAAUUAAACACCGCGAUUAGAUUACGACUAACGACGACGAAUCAAUCCCGGCGAUCGAGACUGCCGCCGCCUCGUAUCUUCGCCUAUUAAUAGUAAAAUUGAUUUAAUUACGACAAUAUCGCAGGAGUGCAGGACUGAUCGUCGUCGAAUCCCUUAAAUUUUUUAUUUUGUGCCGACCUCCCCCCCUUUCCCGGGUCUGGACGCCGUCGUCCGGAUGACCGUCGCUUUUUCGCCUUCGCGGGCCGCGCGACGCUCGCGAUUCGUUGCCGCCGCCGUUGCUGUUGCUGUUGCUCGUGCCGUUGUCGUCGAACCACGACGGCGCGAUGGCCGAUGACGACCACCGGGCCGCCGCUACUGCAACAAUAAUAACAAGUACGUUGUCGACGAUGCCGCUGACGCUGUUAUCAAUCCGUCGUUACAGUGUUGUUUUGAUGUCGGAAUCACAUUUUGCCGUCUAGUCGCCGCCGCCGGACGCAACGACCGAAAAACGGAUUACGGAUAAUAUUGUUAUUAUUAUUAUUAUUAUUAUUAUAUCGUCGUCGUCUUUUGUUUCCACCAUCGCCGCCGCCGCUACCGCCGAUCGACUUACUGCAUUAUGGCAUCUCAAAUGGAAAUUGAUGAUGAUGUUGUCGAUUUAAGUAUAACAAGCAGUCGUACAAGUCAAUCGUUGAGAGAUGAACCACUUUCCUUAAAAUGUACUCAGCCAGAUGAAGCUCAUAUCCAUAUGAAUGGUCAUUUGGUUAAUGGUUUCUCCUCAACUGGCAAUGAUUCUUCAGAGGAAAGUGAUGAUGAUAUGCCCCUUGAACUUCCACCAUCCCCUAAGGAUUCGACACCUCCCGAAGAAGUGUAUGAAAGAGAAAAACUUGUCAGAGUUUUAAAGGAGAAUCUCCGAACAGAAGAAAUGACUUUGGUGCUUUUGAAAAAAUUGCAACAAUCUCAACAAAUUAACCAAAUUGCUCAGAGUGUCACUAUCACGCCUCAGGCAGCUCAUACUAAAGAUCAUUCUAAUUUGUUGUCAUCUCAAUUGCCGACUGGGAAGUCAGCUCAGCCACCAAUGCCUCAUGUACCUCAUCAUGCAAAACCACCACCGCCCCCAUUAAAUCGCUUGCCAUCAUCAUCAAGAUCUAAUGUACAUCAAUCUCACCAGUCUAUGUCUUCAAAUCCCUUAAUGGGUUCAAGUAGAUUACCUCCUUCCAAUGGUCUACAAAAUUUGCAGAGGUCAUCCAAUGGUCGAUCAUCACAUUCUGCACAUUCUACACAUUCAGCGCAUUCGUCACCUUCAAUUACACUUGAACGUGUAAUGAAAGAUCACCAUUCCUCCAAUACAUCCCAAUCGGAACGUUUGAGAAAUGAUGAUGGUCAAACACCUGCUCAGAGGCAAGCUGCUGCUAAAUUGGCCCUUAGAAAACAAUUGGAGAAAACACUGUUACAAAUUCCACCACCAAAACCUCCACCACCUGAAAUGCAUUUUAUUCCAAAUCCAUCAAACACAGAAUUUAUUUAUUUACUGGGAUUGGAACAUGUUGUUGAUUUCAUAACAAAUGGUGAAAUGAUCGAAGCCAGCAUACCUAAAGAUCCAUAUAAGUGUUCUCAAUGUGAUUCAAACUUUACACCGGUUUGGAAAUUGGAAAAACCUUCCAGAAAUAAAGAAUCUAAAAUUAUAUGUGAAUUGUGCGUCACCAGCAACGUAAAGAAAUCUCUCAAAGCGGAACAUACAAAUCGACUGAAGACUGCAUUUGUGAAAGCUCUUCAACAGGAGCAAGAAAUAGAACAAAGGCUGGCUCAAGUAUCGCCACCAUCUUCUGUUUCCCCAGCACCUGUGCAUCCAAUUCAUAUAAAUCCACCAAUGCCGUCCGUGCCCAAGCCAGCGCCUGCACCAAAACGUAACCCAACACCUCCACAACCACAUAAGAUGCAUCCUUCGGAUCCGACUGGUGGUAAAUUUAAUGCCGCAGCUGCAGCUCACCUUGCCCUCCAACAACAAAUGCUCAGAGGGUUAUCCCCUCAUCCAGCAGCUGCCAUGUUGCAAUUUGCACCACUUCUGUAUCCAUACCAACUAGCCAUGGCGCAAGCAAGUGGAAAAAAUUCGGCUGCUGCGGUAGCCGCAAACCUUGCUGAGCUACAAAGGCAGGCAGUUGAUUUGCAACGACAGUAUUUAAUGGAGAUGAUGCCCCAACAAGGCCAGUCCCGGUCUGCAUCACAAACACCCACAUCUGCGCACAAUUGGAAAUCAUGAUCCUAAUGAUUUAAGUAUACCAAAAUGCACAUUCUAUUGAUUUUCCAGUGACUUGUGACUAUCAACAUUAUUAUUGUUUAUAUAUAUAUAUAUAUGUAUACAUAUAUGUAUAUAUAAUUGCACCUGGGAGAUCUGUGCAGGCGUUUUGUACUCGCACAUUAGACAUGUUACAUGUUUUCUUCGACAGGUCUUUAGAACUAUCAAAGUUGCCGGUUUUCAAUCAAUGCAUUCCAACAUGUUACGCGUACAUACUGCGUGAAUUAGCUGUUGUGCUGUAUCGACAUCAUUGUUAUUUAAGACUAAUAAAAUGUAUAGCAUAUAAAUAGCACAACACGUGUUGUCAUUAUGGUUUAAACUGUCAAGCGGUGUGUAUGGUAUUAUAUCCAUGAAAUGGGUAUGAAAAAAAACCAAUAAUAUACUGACAAGUCUGUACAUGUACACUUUAUUAAUUCAUCAUUACUACUCAGUCAUUGUGCCGGACUCUAUUUUAUUAUUAUUUUUAUAUUUUAACUUUCAAUUAUUAUUAUUAUUAUUAUUAUUAUUAUUAUUAUUAUUACGUUUCAAAGAAAACAUUUGUAACAAUGCUUUUGUGUUUGUACAAAAUAUUGUACAAAAUCACCUUGUAACAAACCAAUUGUUUAUAUUGUUCAAUUAUUUUGUAAAUAAUCCAAGUAUAAGAUUAACCAUGUGAAAUCUAUGAAAAUUUUUUUAAAAAAUGUAUAAACAAGAGCCAUGUUAUUAAUGCGUCUGAUCCAAUAUUUUCUUUUGUUUCAUAAUAUUUUAUUUGAUAAUUUUUUUUUUUUAUGGAAUCAUGUUGUCUUUUUUAUGAAUGUAUGUAUGAUGAAUAUUGUCUGAAUGUAUUUUUACUUAUAUAAUAAAACCGUUGUACGUUUUUUUUUAGUCAA